AUGGUAGCUCUCAUCCUGGAAAGUAAGGGUCGGAACUGCACACACCAGCCGUGCUGGCAGACGAGACCUCACCGACACCUGCCUCUCCGUCUCCCCCCCGCCCCUUGCCUGUUCGCCUCCCUGGGCAGCUACAGCAGCAUUGUCAACAGCAGCUCCGGCAGUGACCCUAAAACAAAGCAGCCAAAUGGAGGCAAACACAAGUUGACAAAAGCAGCCUCCCUCCCUGGCAAGAAUGGCAACCCCACUUUUGCUGCAGUCACAGCUGGUUACAACAAGAGCCCAGGUGGGAAUGGCUUUGCUAAAGUUCCUUCAAACAAAACAGAUUUUUCCAGCAGUCUUGGCAUUGCACAUGCUCCUGUUGACAGCGAUGGCUCAGACAGCUCGGGUUUGUGGAGUCCCGUCAGCAACCCAAGCAGCCCUGACUUCACACCCCUCAAUUCUUUCUCGGUCUUUGGAAAUUCUUUUAAUCUAACUGGUGAAGUUUUCAGCAAACUCGGGCUGUCUCGAUCAUGCAACCAGGCCUCGCAGAGGAGCUGGAAUGAGUUUAAUAAUGGUCCUUCGUACCUUUGGGACUCUCCCGGGACAGUUGCCAGUACAUCCUGGCCAGCCAGUUCUAGCUCCCCAACUCACACAGCCACAUCGAUCCUUGGCAACACCAGCGGCCUGUGGUCCACCACUCCGUUUAGCAACUCCAUUUGGUCCAGCAACCUCAGCAGCGCCCUUCCCUUCACCACGCCAGCAAACACGCUGGCAAGCAUCGGCCUCAUGGGUGCAGAAAACUCCGUUGUUGCGCAUGUUCCUUCUGCCUUCAGCCCAGGCGACGACUUGGGACAGACCUACAACCCGUGGCGGAUAUGGAGCCCCACAAUCGGAAGGAGGAGCUCCGACCCUUGGUCUAAUUCGCACUUCCCUCAUGAGAAUUAAAAUUAGGCAAAAAAAACAGUGGCCCCCAUCUGGAUCAUGGUCUGCCAGUUUCUGAGACACCUUUUUCAGGCUCUUAUUGCUGCGACUCCCCUCCCCCCACCUUUGCAAAGCAGACUCAAGCAGGGUAGGCUCCGACCACUCACUUCUUUCAGAUCUUUCUUGCAAGUAAGAUGAUAAGAGAUUUGCUGUUGUACUUUUAGAAAAAAGUCUGAACUCAGCCACAAACUCUAGUAAGACCUGUACAUCUGAGAACCUUACCUGUUGCCACACUUACCACCUGUCUUUCUCCAUGCUUUAUUCAUCUGUACGAACACAGAUUUGACAUUACAACUAGGGAAAUAAUUUGAGUUAAUUCAGAAGUCCUGGCAUGUGACAAUUUUGUUAAAUUACCAAGUUUGGUUUUUAAUAAUUUCACAAUAUUAUGCGCCAAGAUCUAAUUUUAAAACUGUAUGAGGACUUUGUGCUGAAAAUACAGAGUAUUUUUUUAAAGUAAGGCUGUCUUGGUUUAAAAGCAGAUUACAGAAAUGUAAGUCCACUUAACAGUGAAUGAAUGUAAAAACAUUCAGUUGAGACCAUCUGCAUUUUCUGUGCUGUUUGUACUUGAGGUAUGUAACAUUUGUAUACCUGGGUUUAUUUUAAAGGUGAACCGAAAUGCACAUAGCCAAGUCUUGAGAUACAAGAUUGAAUGUGUAUUUCUUAAAAAUACAACUUUGUGUUGUACUUUGAAAUAAAUGAUGCUUUUUUUCAAAA